CGUUUCCAACACAUCGAGAGCGUUUAUAGUCGAGGAGGGCUCACGUUUCUCUCGCGCAAGCGCAGCGGCACAACAUCCAGGACCGACCGGACGCCUUCCGAUCCCGCAAAACCCCCAGAACCCCAGAUCACGAGGCCUCCCCAUGGAGUUCCACUACCGCGCCGGCGACGAGCGCUGUCCGUCGGCGGGGGCCGCUGCUACGUCGGCCAACUCCGAGACGGCAGCCACGCACGUGCCUAAUGUUCUCGUCGCCGGCGACGGCGCGGGGUACCACGGGGAGAACUCACCGCCGCCGGCGUCUGAUCCGGACGAGCUGCGGCGCCGGGCGGCGAAGGAGAGGAUAAGGGCGCGGAUCCUGCGGGAGGAGGCGGAGGCCAUGGCGCUCGAGGCCGAGGUCCGCCGUGAGCUCAUGGAGGAGCGCGCCAGGUUGCUCGUGGGGCUGGCCGGCGUGUCCGAACAUGGGGCGGCGCCAUCGCUGAAGACAGCGUCGCCGUACUUUCAUGAGUCUGUGCAGGCCGGGUCGAAAGUAGACGUGUCUGCUGCUGUGCCAGGCAAGCGGAAAAACCCUGAUGUACAUGAUGCAUCUGCUGUUUUGGCGGCCACCGGAAGCAAGAAGCCGAAGUCAGGCCUGACUUGCACGGUGUGCAACAUCACGGCAACCAGUGAGGUUGCCCUGCAAGAGCACCUCGGAGGGAAGAGCCACGGGAAGAAGGCCGCUAAACAUACGCAGCCAUCGCCUGGAACAGGUCAACCAGAGGAGGAUGCGUUCAGCUUGAAGGUAAAUAGGUCGGCAGCCUUACCGGCCAAGGGGCAAAACCCUGGUAUUGUUGCCCCUUUGAUGGCUUUCGCUGAAAAAAGUUGCGACAACUUGGGCUUGAACUGCACGGCAUGCGGCAUCACAGCAAGCAGUCAGAAGAACAUGCAAGAUCACCUCAAAGGGAAAAUUCAUAUGAGGAAGACUGCCAUGCUCGCGCAGCCAUUGCCUAAGAAGGAUGGGGUCUGCUCAAAACCAAAUGCAUCAGCAGCCGUGCUACCGGCCAAGCGGAAGAACUUCGACGUUGUCCCAGCCACAUCCACCCUUUCAGCCGGGCCAAGCAGCAAGAAUCAGAAGCGAGACUUGACCUGCACGGCAACCAGCGAGAAGGGCACGAAGGAUCACCUCAAAGGGAAGGCUCACAUGAAGAUGGCGGCCUCGCUUGCCCCUGGGGAAGCGGAGGAAGAGGCAGAGGUGGAAGGCGGCUACACGCCGAGGAAGUUCCAUAUGCUGACAGACUCCGGGACAUUGUGCGAGGUGGUGCAGCUGAACGGCUCCAUCCUCUGCGAGGUGUGCGACGUGCAGACCGCUGACAUUGUUACCAUGAUGUGCCACCUACAGGGGACCAAGCACGUAUCCAAGCAAGCCAAGCAGAAGCAGUGCGAAGCCGUGGAACCACCGGCAGCCGUCGCUGCUGGUGGCGACGGGCCAGGAUCAGAAAUGGUGCCCGUGGGGGGCAAUGACGUGGGCCGGGUGGACGGUGGCUCCCUGCUGUGCGAGCUCUGCAACGUGAAGGUGCCGUCGGAGUGCGCCAUGCAGUCUCACCUGUCCGGCAGGAAGCACACCAACAAGGCAAAGGUGGCUGCAGUUGGUGUCGGUGCAUGUGGCAAUGGGUCAGCAUCAGAAACUGUGCCCAUGGAGGCGAAUGGCGUGUGCCGACUGGACGGCGGCAUCCUGCUGUGCAAGCUCUGCGACGUCAAGGCCCCGUCGGAGUGCGUCAUGCAGACUCACCUGUCCGGCAGGAAGCACACCAACAAACAGAAGGCCACCGUUGAAGCCGGUGCAGGACAGGGGGUGAAGAAGGCUGCCGCCGCCACUAUGAUCGGCAGCCCAUCCAAGGAAGCCACCUCCAUCGUCGUCAAUGGCAGUGAUGACUCGGUGAAGAAACCAGCAGCAAGAGAGAUGGAGGUAGCUGUGUCAUCGGCAGGACAGGGGGUGAAGAAGGCUGCCGCCACCCCCGGGAUCGGCAGCCCAUCCAAGGAAGCCGCCUCCAUCAUCGUCAAUGGCAGCGAUGACUCAGUGAAGAAACCAGCAGCGGGAGAGAUGGAGGUAGCUUUGUCAUCGGCAGGACAGGGGGUGAAGAAGGCUGCCACUGCCAUGAUCGACAGCUCAUCCAAGGAAGCGGCCUCCAUCGUCGUCAAUGGGAGCGAUGACUCCAUGAAGAAACCAGCAGCGGGAGAUAUGGAGGUGGUAGUGUCAUCGGCAACGCCUCAAGUGGAUGUUGCCGCCCCGGUCUGCGCCCGUGUCUCCUCCGUGGCCCCAAUGGAAGUAGAUGAAGGUGCAGGGGCCGGACAUGGUGCUGCCAAAGCUGAAGAACAAAAGAAAGCUGAUGCCGAGGAAGAGGGAGCCGUGGAGAUUGACGGAGGCCCCGCCGUGACCGGCGAGGAGUAUUACAUCAAGGUGGAGGGCAAGCUGUUCGUCACGCUGCGUCAGGCGGACGACAGCCUCUCGUGCAGCCUGUGUGGCGUGCACGGCUGCGACAAGCGCGGCAUGAUCAGUCACCUCUACACCAGGGACCACUGGCGCAGAGCCCGUCUCGCCGAGGAGAAGAAGCGGGCACCGGAGGCAGCGCUAGAGGCGGUGAACAAUGGCGGCGACGGCGUCCCGGUCACUGAUGGAGCGGCUCAGGUUGACAACUGAGGGCAACCGUGCGUGACUAUGCAUGGGACGGCGGUGUACUGAACUCUGAACAUUCUAGUAAUGUACUGUAUGUGUGUAUGGGCUGUUGAGACUUCAGUACAAUUGUUGGGCCCUUGUGGGUUUGUGAGAGAACUUGAAACUAUCUGAGAAUUUCCUACAAUUUCCUUCCAAGUAUUUUCUGCCAGUAUCUUUUGCUAGUACUAUUUACUAACUUGUUGAUUGUUGUCAAAUCAGACAUGAAACUCAAGAAUCGUAUCUUCUGGCUGCUGAAAGAUAUCAUCAGGAGAAGGGAGAAGUUCAAAGCAGCAGGGUUACAGAGGCAGGCAUGUAAAAGGAUGUAAAUAAAUAAACAAAACUGCAGAGCCAUGCAUGAAAUACUGCCAGCAAGAAGGAUGGCCUGUUCAGAUAUGGUGCGGCCUACUCAGCAUAUCUUCAUAUGCACUGCAUGACUUCUGAUGAAGCAUGAAUAACUUUCUGCCUGAAAUGACCAGAUCUUUUAAAACUUAAAGCUUUAUAUUGAGGGUAAACAGGGCACAUUAUCCAAGAAAAAGGUGCAGCAGGUAUUUCAUGUAACCUCUGUUCAACAGGCUAAAAGAUAGAAUAACAUACUAGUUGAUGAUAUACCCAUCACAUGAAUUCAUUGCAAGGUUUCAAUUCUUAUGCAGUUUUUUGCCCUUCCUUUGAAUCCCUUAGCUAGCUUAAAAA